AUGCCGAUAUUCAAAUUGUUUACUAAUCUGCCUAAGAGCCAAAUACCCACUGAUUUUGUCAACAAAAUUCUUCCUGUUCUAUCGAGGACUGUGAAGAAGCCUGCACAUCUCUUCAUCUGCAUGGUGUCCAGUGACUGUUCACUAUCAUUUGGAGGCAAUUCCACUGAUCCCAGCGCAGUAGCAACCCUGGAGUCCAUUGGCAACUUUGGAGUUGAAGAAAACAGACUCAUCGCUAAAGAGGUCACCGAAUUCAUCGAAAAGGAACUUGGCAUUCCCAGGGACAAGUAA